AUGGCGCUGUUCCGGAGGCUCUUCUACCGGAAGCCGCCGGAUCGGCUCCUCGAGAUCGCCGACCGCGUCUACGUAUUUGAUUGCUGCUUCUCGACAGAAACCAUGGACCAAUACAGAUACAAGAAUUACCUGGACAGCAUUAUUUUGCAGCUCCGUGAACAGUUUGCAGAUUCUUCAUUGAUGGUUCUCAACUUCAGAGAUGAAGGAAAAAGUCUUAUUUCAGGCAUUUUCUCCAAGUACAAUAUUACAGCCAAAGACUACCCUUGCAAGUAUCUAGGAUGCCCGUUACUUCCUUUGGAUAUCAUUCUCCACUUCCUGAGGCUGAGUGAAAGGUGGCUUAUGCUUGAAGGGCAGCAAAAUAUUCUGCUAAUGCACUGUGAGAAAGAUGGAUGGCCAGUUUUGGCAUUUAUGCUUGCAGGUCUUCUUCUGUACAGGAAACAAUAUAAUGGGGAGCAAAGAACUCUAGAUAUGGUGUACAAGCAAGCCCCUAAGGAGCUUCUUCAGAUGCUAACCACAUUGAAUCCACAACCGUCUCAUCUUCGAUAUCUUGGGUACAUAUGCAGAAUGGAUGAUGACAUAGGGUGGCCUACACAACCUAUUCCUUUCACCUUAGAUUGUGUAAUUCUUAGAGAAAUUCCAAAUUUUGAUGGAGUCGGUGGUUGUCGGCCAAUUGUUCGAGUAUAUGGGCAGGAUAUUCCAACAACUGACAAAAGUCAUGGUGUCUUUUCACCACCAUCAAAGGCCAAAAAACAUAUUAGGCGUUACAGACAGGCAGAUAAUGCGCCAGCGAAGUUAAAUGUUGGAUCCUGCGUCCAAGGUGAUGUUGUCCUUGAAUGUCUGCAUGUGGAUGAUGGCCGAGGAAAUGAAAGGUUAAUGUUUAGGGUGAUGUUCAAUACCUUUUUCAUCCAGUCUCACAUUUUAAUGUUGAACUUUGAGGACAUCGAUGUCCCCUGGGAUGCCGAUCACCAGUUCACAAAGAACUUCAAAGCAGAGGUACUCUUUUCAGAGUUUGAUGCUGAGUCUGAUACAUCCACUGAAGUAGCACCUGAUUAUGAUUAUGAUGAUGAUAUGGAUGUUGCCUCUGCUGACGAGUUCUUUGAAGCAGAAGAACUCUUCAGUAAUGCUGAUUCCCAAGAAGGAAAUAAGGAUGCUGAUACUCUUUCUAUAGCCUCAACAGAUUAUACUUCAACUCCAAGUGCCGAACGUUGGAAAAACUCACCAUUUUCCGACUUUGAGCUGAAUAUUGGCAUUGAUGGAUCGCGAGACAAUAAAGCCGAUAACUUGGGCUUGUUGUUAGAAACAGUAAAUGAUGGAAAGACAUGCACAUCCACUGAAGCCAAUACUAUGCUCAACAAUGAAACUGCAGUUGUUAAGUCAACUUUGGCAGCUACAAUAGAUGGAGACGCAGAUAGCGGCAUUUCAAGUUCUUCUACUUAUAAAGAGGAUGGUUUGUUUGAAAAGGGUAGUUCCAAGCAGGAUAUAAGGAUGGGUUCCAAUCAAGACUUGGGUCAGAUUGAUAAUGUGUUGGUUAAGGAGGUGAUUAUAUUAGAAACUAAUAGUCCUAAUGACAUACAGAUGAUCAAAGAGGUCAUCAUAUCUGAAGUUACAACUCCCAAACAGGUAGUAGACGGGAAUAUGAUGGAAACUGAAUUAGAUGAGACAGUCCACGAUUCAGAAAGCAUUGCAUUGGCAGAAGCUGAGGAUACAAAACAACUCAAUAUUUUUUGCAAACAGGACGAGGGACACAGUGUGCGAGAUGAAUAUGCUGCUCAUGGCAAUGGCAUAGUGAUUGAACAAGAAGAAAGCAGCAACGAAGAAAAACUUACCAUCAGAGACACAAAUUCAGAAGUGACUGAACCCACAGAUGAGAAUAAUGGGUUGGAGCUUCCAUUAUCAGGGAUACCACAUGUGCACUGUUCAAGCACUUCUUCGGGACUAAGUUUUGCCAAGGAAAAUAUUGAUCAGCUUCAUGCUUGCAGUAGUAAUGGCACUGCAGAACAAAGGGCGGGAAUUGACUCCAGGAGCCACUCUUCUAAUAUCUCUUGUGUGAACAUUCUACCAGAAGAAUCUAGCUUGACAAUAAACCAUGCUUCAACUUCCAUGAAUGCAAAUACAGAUACAACCGAUUCAUCUCGAUUGGUGCUAAAGAAAAAACCUUUUCAACCAUUGUUGACAUCUAGUCUUUUUGCUCCAUCAUCUCCCAGGCGCAAUCUGCUUCGUGCUGCAUCCACAGAUUUGUCCUUUUUUCCUCCAUCACAAACAGAAUCUAAACAGAACUCUGUUACUUCUACAAGCGGAAGGGAUGAUCCAGCUACAUCUUCUGUGCUUCCACCAUCUCAACGCUACACAACCCUGGGAUCAUCAUCCAAAAUUUCUCUAGUACAUCCUCCUCUACGACCGAUAAGAACGGUUUCAUCUCUACCUUCAUUAUCAUUUGAUGCAUAUAUAGAGAUGUCAAUGUAUUCUUCAAGAUCGCCCAAACACCAAGAGCAUGCUAAACCUCCCUCAAUACCACCACAUCGAUAUCUUCACCCACCAAUGACAGAGGAAAAUGAUCUACAUUCAGGUAGUCUAACUUUGCCUGCUUCUAACAAAUAUGCCCCUCAACCCCCAUACCCACCUCCACUGCCACCUCAACAUGAUUCUUGCACCCAAAGUUGUUCGAGCACCCUAAUAUCUGAACAUGAGCAAAUAAGAGCUGAUGGGUCUUGUUCCUUUAGUCCAGGUUGUAGACAAACUGUUCUCAACUUAAGCGAUUCCUCGGUAACUUCACCCUCUAAAAGUAGUAUAGCUGCAACAGAAUGUCCCUUAGGAGCCUCUGAUUUCGUAGAUGAGAAAGUAACAUGUAGACCUAAUAUAGUAACUGGCAUGGAUUUCCCAAUUACUAAUGAAGAUACAAAUUCCCUGUUGCACAUGUUGACUUGUUCUUCACCUCCCAAAACAUUACAACAUGGUGAACCACUACCGCCACCGCCACCUUUGCCUCCAGUACCACCACCAUCACAAUUACCACUGCCAACUAUAUGCAGUGACAGUGGAUCAGUUCCACUGGUAUACUCAAAUCCAUCUUCAGAUUGUCCAUAUAAAGAACCAGCAAUGCUACCAGAACACAAAUCUGCUGUUCCAUCUACUUCUCUCGAAGGACAUGAAGCAAGUGAAGUUCGAUUGCUGCAAUCUGAUAUUACUGUUGAGUUAUCUUCAUCAGAACAUUCUGAGUAUACAGUUCAGCAUGUGUUUGGAAGCAGUGAAGAUACAAUUUCAAAUAUCUCAUCCUCUAUACCCGCAGCACCUCCAUAUCCAACGUUUCAUAUUGUAACAGAUAAUUCCUCAGGUUCAAUAUCUGCAGAGCAAGUAAUUUGUGAGCAGCCUUUAGAUCAAACGACAUUAUCCAUUCAUUUGAGGCCAUUCAAGGUGGAGAUAUCACAAAAUGAAAUAAUCAACAGAGUCUUGGCCUCUAUAACUGAUGAUAAAGAACAUGGAGGCAUUACAAUUCCACCGUCGCCACAAAAGUUGCCUCAGCCUAGAGAACAUAUGAAACCUCCAUCUCCACCACGACCACCACCUUGUCAUGCAACACUUGUACCUUCUUUGUGCUUAUCUUCAAAUCCACCUUCUCCAAGAGAACGUUAUGAAAAUCCACCUUCUGCUUCACCUCCACCUUUUCCUAGGGAAUCAUUUGUUGCUCUACCUCCACCUCCAGCUCCACUCCCUAAUCAUCCAUCUCUUCCUGGAAAACAUAUUAAUCCAUCUCCACCUCCACCUCCUCCACCUAGAGAAAAUGAAGCACUUUGUCCUUUGGUUCUACUUUCACCUACAAGACAUGUUAUACCUCCACCACCAACUUUACAUCAUAUAGCAAUCCAACCUACCCUUUCAGAGGACAUUGUAAUAGUUUCACCUUCGCAUUCAACAGCGGUUAAUAUAAUUCCAUUGCCACCACCUCCUCCUAGAAUGAAUGAAAUUUUGCCUCAACCUCUUGUGGGUGGACAAUCGACAUUGCCAGCUUCUCUUCUUGAAGUUACUAAAGAAAUCCCACCUCCUCCUAUCCUUCCCCCUGAGGGACAAAGGGGAUCUCCAUUGUCUACUCUUUGUGGAGGAAUUGUGAAUAUUCCAUUACCUCCACCUCCACUUCCUGGAGGACAUGGAGAAGUUCCACUAUCAACUCCUCCUAGAGGAUGUGGGGCCAUUCCACCUCCACCACCCUUUACUAAAGGGCUAGGAGGAAUUACAUUGCCAAUUGGAUUUCACAGUGGAGAUUUGUCAUUCCUCCAACCUACCAGAAAAUCUGAAAGUCCUUCAUGCCUGCCACCUCCACCGCCACCGCCACCACUAUCUUCCAAUGGACACAUAGGAGAUCCUCCUCCUCCUCCACCACCACCACCACCUAUGAGUGUAUUUGUAGAGGCUCCGAUCCCGCUGCCACCUCAAACAGGAUGCAGAGGGGCUCCACCACCGCCACCACCUCCUGGAGGACAUGUAGGGCCUCCACCACCACCGCCACCUCUUGGAGGAUAUGCAGAAGCUCUAAUGCAACCACCACCUCCUGGAGGAUGUGUAGGGGAUCCACCACCACCGCCACCUCCCGGAGGAUAUGCAGGAGCUCCACCGCCGCCACCACCUCCUGGAGGAUACAUAGGAGCUCCACCACCACCGCCUCCAUAUGGAGGAAUUGGAGGAGCUCCUCCUCCUCCACCACCCUUUGGAGGACUAGGAGGAACUCCACCGCCUCCACCUCCAGCAGGGUUUCGAGGUGGAGCUCCAGCACCACCUCCUCCUGGAGGUCAUGGAGGUCUGCCACCUCCUCCUAGAGGACAUGGAGGAGUAGGUGGCCCCCCUCCCCCUCCUGGUGCACCUUCUCCUCCAAUGCCUCCUGGAAUGCCUGGUGGCCCCCCUCCUCCUCCAGGUGGAAGAGGGAUGCCUACUCCACCCAGUGGAAGAGGACAUGGCCUUGCUCGCUCAUUAGGCCCGACAUUACAAAGUGCAGUACGAAGGUCAUCUCUAAAACCAUUACAUUGGGUCAAAGUAACAAGGGCAAUGCAAGGAAGCUUGUGGGCAGAGCUACAAAAACAAGUGGACGCUAAUAGCCGUGCUGAAUUUGAUGUAAAUGAACUGGAGUCUCUGUUUACUAUUGCUCCAAAGACAAAAGCUGGCUCAAAAUCAGAAGGCCGUGGAAAAUCUCUUGGAACAAAAUCUGAUAAAGUUCAACUGAUCGAUCUAAGACGGGCCAAUAACACAGAGAUCAUGUUGACAAAAAUCAAAAUGCCGCUCCCUGAUAUGAUGAGUGCUGCUCUAGCUUUGGAUGAUUCAGUUUUGGAUGCUGAUCAGAUUGAAAAUCUCAUAAAAUUUUGCCCAACAAAAGAGGAGAUGGAACUUCUAAAGAACUACAGUGGGGACAAGGAAGCUCUUGGAAAGUGUGAGCAUUUCUUUCUAGAGUUAAUGAAGGUGCCAAGGGUUGAAUCUAAGCUUAAGAUAUUUGCUUUCAAGAUUCAAUUUCAGUCUCAGAUUAGGGAUGUUAGAAAGAAUUUGCAGACUGUGUCAUCUGCUUGUGAGGAGCUCAGAAGCUCUGAGAAGUUGAAGGUUAUCAUGAAGAACAUUCUGUUAAUUGGGAAUACAUUAAAUCAAGGCACACCAAGAGGCCAGGCUGUUGGUUUUCGCUUGGACAGCCUCCUAAAACUUAUAGAGACCCGUGCCACUAGUGGUAGAAUGACAUUAAUGCACUUUCUAUGUAAGUCCCUUGCAGAGAAGUCACCGGAAGUAAUGGAUUUUCAUGAGGAUCUUGUCAACUUGGAAGCUUCUUCAAAGUUGCAACUGAAAGCAUUGGCGGAGGAGCAGCUGGCAGUCGUAAAGGGGCUGGAGAAAGUUGAACAGGAGCUAACUGCUUCAGAAAGUGAUGGGCCGGUUUCUGAUGUUUUCCGUAAGACUUUGAAGGAGUUCAUUGAUUGUUCCAGUGCUGAUGUACGCUCCCUAUCUUCAUUCUAUUCUGAAGUAGGUAAAAGCGCAGAUGCACUUGCUCUUUAUUUUGGAGAAGACCCUGCAAAAUUUCCUUUUGAGCAAGGUAAUAUUCAUGCCAAUAGAUCCAUGGAAAUGGUUUACCUUAGGUGCGAAAGGAUAUUUUUCAUGGAUGGAAAUGGUUUUCUUCCAUUUUUAACUGCAUCCAUGGAAAUGGUUUUUAUUCCAUUUACUAUGGGUUGCUACAACUCUUCUGACCUUUGUGGGGUUGUUUGGAAAGCUCAUGAUGAGAACCUCAAGCAAAUUGAGGCUGAGAAGAAGAAAGCCCAGAAAGAAGCUGAAAAAGAGGCAAACCAGGACAAAACUCCUGUAAAAUCAAAAAAUGGGAAUGCAGAUAAAUCACCAAGAUCACCAUCAACCUUCAAAUGA